GACAUGUUGGGAUGUCACGUAAUAGUAUUUUAUGCACAUUAUGUUUGAAUAAUCAUAUGGUAUUUUAAAUUAUUACAGAUGACUGUAAAUAAAGUUACCCUCAAUUCCACUUCAAUUAUUGACAUAAGUCAUUUGAAUGCGACAUAUCUCUUUCCAUCACUAAAUUAUGAAUCCUUGUUUAAUAAUUACCAUAAAAUGAGAUUAAAUUGUUUCGCCGAAGAGUGGUUACAAAAUACCAAAGAUAUUGAAACUUCAUUGGAGAAUAUAUUAAAAUUGCCUGCUAUUAUAUUUUGGAAUCAUAUAAUAUAUGACAAAAAUCUUAAAAUUUUUCUAAAACAAUUUUUAGAAUUAUUUCCUAGAUUCUAUGAAAUUGACAAUGAAAUUAAUUAUAGAGAUGAUAUGAUAGAAUUAGAGAAAAAAAUUUAUCAUUAUGUUUUUUUAAUUUAUUUACGAUUAUCAACACACAAGGAGCUAAAAGAAUAUAUAUUACAACAAAAUAAAUUUGAUAAGCAAAAUGCUGAAACUGAUGCAAUAAACGUAUUUGCUAACUUAAUACAUAAUUACUUGAUAUUUAACUCAAAUGUUAUCAUUGAUUUAUGUGCUAUAUAUGGAAGUAGUUCAAUUAACAAAAAUUUACUAGUCAAAAUGAUAUCUAAUAUCAUUAAUAAGCAACCCAGAUAUUUUACAAAUAUUGAAAACAUGGCAAGCUGCAUAUUUAAUAAAAUUCUACCUGAUAUUUUUAAUGACUUAUCAAACAUUGAUAUAAAUGAUUAUAAUAAUUUUGAAAAAUUGACCAAAUUGUUAUAUUUGCUAUUAGAAACCUUGCAUGCCUUACAAAAUAUAUCAAUCAUAUGUACUGAAUUAUUAGUACUAUUUAUUCAGGAAAUGAAAAUUCUUAAAUGUUUAGCCAUUAUAUAUCAAACUAUUAUAUUACCCAUUCAAUAUUCAAUCAAAUUAAAUAAAAACACCCAUAUUAAUAAUCAUCAACUGAUCAGAGUCAACAAAUAUUUAAAAACUAUAAAAAAUAUUAUUGUCAAAACAUUUCAAGAUUUAUGUCAUGCAUAUUUAAUCAAAAUUUCAGAGAAGGAAAUGAUUAAAACUAAAGCUAAAACUGAUUUUCUUUGUGAUCUCAUUCAUAACACAUUGAUUCCCUUUCCCAGAUGGACCAAAAAAUUGAAUAGCAAGCAUUGGGUAGAAAAUGAGAUAUUGAUACAUUAUGACGAUAUUUCCAAUCAGGAAAAGUCCCUAGAUGAUGAUUCAAGAAAAGAGCUUUGUUUAAUUUUGCGUCUCGCAGAUAAUAACCUUCAAUCCGAUUACAACGAUCAAAAUAUUGAAGACUUUCCUUCAACCUCAUCCGCUCACGACGAUGCUAAUAAAAACAAGGAUAACGAAUCAAACUAUGAGAAUAUGGAUGAAAACAUAGGCUUAAUAUUAGAUAUGUUCCCGCACUUGUCAAUUGAUCUUAUCAAGAAAUAUUUAGUUUAUUACCAAAAUAACUCUGAAAAUGUCAUAAAUGGUAUAAUGGAGAAUAAUCUACCGCCUCAUUUAUCCGAGGAAAAUCAAUUCAAAGAGGAAAGCGUUGUCAAAAACGUGGAAUCAAAGACCGAAAAAUUUAAAAUUUAUAUCAAAAAUAGAUCUAUCCAAAAACGUUUUGAUACUAAAGAGGGUAAUGAAGUUACGAAGCAAUAUUUGUCGCAAAGAUCGGCUGAUAUUUUUAAUGAUCCAUCUGAUUCGGAGAAUGAUUAUGAGCACGACGAAGAUAUCUUUAAAAACUUCAAUAGACAAACAGUGCUAGAUUACGAAGACGAAUUCGAUGAUACGGUAUAUGAGACUGGGUUUAGAAACAGCGCCCAACUAAUCAAUAAGAAAUCCGGCGUGUACGAUAUAGAAGAAGGUAGCUCCGAAGAGGAUGACGAAAGUGAGGAGGAAGAAAUUGUUGAUGAUAAGGCGAAAGAUAUUAUUAUUAAUUCAAAGGUUACAGCAAACAAAAAUAAUGAUAAUAAUAAUAAUAAAAGUGGAGAUAAUGUUCAAAAUAAAAAUUUUAAGUACAAGGAACAAAACAAAAGUCGAGUUGGUAAUCAUAAUCGCAAGCGUAAAAACGAUCAAAAAAUGUCGCGCGGAAUGUUUUAAUAUUUAUAAAUAUAAUUUUUGCGAAAGAAGAAUAUAAACAUUGUUGUUUGUUAUAUAAAAUAUCAUUUAUUUAAUAUAGUAAAACUAAAUUAUUAUUUUUUUUAUCUAAAUCCUUAAUCAAGGUUAAUUUAUCAAAAUUUUGAGAUUUAAAUAAAAUAUUUAAUAAUUUUGUCUACUUA